GUUCAUCGAGGACAAUGCCUGAGUGUAGACGAUUUACUUGAAGGCCAGCCAAUCCUCCAUGGUAACAUUUGUUCAGCAGAGUGGAUCAUUAAAUGGUCCAGGGUGAACGCUGCAUUGUCCGUCGACGGUUGAGACUAGUGAGGAGAAGAAAAAAAGUGUCUUGUUAGCGCUCGUGGAUAGAGCUACAUCAUCGAUUUUACAUUUGGUUUGCAACGUGUUGCGAAAUUGGAUAGACACCAGAUACGGAAAUACGUUGGCAGCUAGAUUCAAUUUAGAUUGAAUUAGAUGUGCGUGAUGGGUGUGUGCGUGGUGAAAGGAUGGGCUGGAAACGGCUGAUUCAGUGACGCUGACCCCAGACAAUCACAAAAGAGUAGCAUGGAGCUACAUGUGUGUCAUGCAAAUUAUCAGUUGACUUACAGUGCCUAGUGUGGGGUGAUAUACCAGACAGACAAUUAGCACGUACAACUUGGUACCAUAUUGUAGAAGAUAGGACGCCCUUAUCGACCCCUUGGCAAGUGAGCUCAUCGUGCUGGCUGUUAUCUGCGAACUACUGACAAUCCACCGGAACAACCCGGCUAGGCGAAACAAGCUAACUAUGAGAGUACAAAAAUAUCCCCAGAGAAUUUUAUCGAUCCUAUUAAAUAUGACAUCAGUGUCAACAAGUGGUGGUUCCUAAGAAAAAUCUGCUUCAAAGCCACCCCUGGAACAUGAAAACGCUGGAAAACAUUCCGAACCAUCAGGGUGAGGACACGGAGCUGCCGGUGUCGGCGUUUCAGGUGGUAGUUUAUGCUUCCACCUCGUUGCUAAUAGUAUCAUUGCUGGGGCUGCUCAUUUAUAUCACCUGCUCCAAGCGGUACCGGCUGAAUUGGUUCGAGAAAAAUCUGCUCGAGACUGCACAGGAACGGGAAGCGUGCAGCCAAGGACACGACCGCCAGGUUAACUGUCCCAUACCGUACAAUGUUGAUGCCGUGGCAGGAACCUCCAGAUAUCUAAACCGAAACAAUGGAAGUCCACUGGCAAAAGCGGACGACCCACCUUUCUGGGCUUCCCAGGGAUUGUACAAAAAGUCUAACGGCAUUGGUCAGCUUAUCGAUUCUUCUGACGAAGAAGCUCCCGAAGACAGUGCGGAUUCAUCGAGUAGCUGUAGAUCCGUCAUAGUAGUGGGAUCGGUUCCCAUAGCUAGCACCGAUAAACACGUGGUGUUCAGCACGACGAGUCCCGCAAAACCAACCACUUCCACAGUGAAAGCGAAGAACAAUCGACAGGACGAUGCCGGCGAGGAACCCGUGGUGAGCUCAACGCAGAAAAUUAAAAUCGAUCCGGGAGAUGAUUCACGUGGAUCCAUACACCUAGCACUGAACUAUGAUCCUAGUGCCGGGAUUCUGAAUGUGAAGCUUGUUGAGGCUCAAGACUUGCAACCGCGUGAUUUUAGUGGAACGGCGGAUCCAUAUGCAAAAAUAAGACUGCUUCCAGAUCGCAAUAAUGUGUGGCAAACUAGAAUACACAAGAAGACGUUAAAUCCAGUGUUCGACGAAGAUUUUGUGUUUGAAGUUCGACCGGCCACCAUCGGCCGACGAACGCUUGAGGUGAUUCUAUUCGACUUUGAUGCCUAUUCGCGUCACGUCGUGAUUGGCGGAAUGCAACUUGCGCUGGCGCACGUUGAUCUAUCGGACCGGAUAGACGUUUGGCGACCUCUUGAUCACUGUUCCGAAAACGACACGAAACAAAACGUCGGCGAUAUCAUGGUUUCACUCUCAUAUACCCCAUCGGUCGAGAAACUAACCGUUGUCAUAAUCAAAGCAAGAAACCUUCGAAUCAUUGAUGAAACCCGAAAUUCGUCCGACCCUUACGUGAAAGUGUCCCUUCAGAACAUCAACGGGAAGCGUAUCAAGAAGCGCAAAACAACCGUCGCCCGAAACACGGUAUCUCCGGUUUACAACGAGGCACUUUCAUUCGACAUAGCCAAAGAAAUGCUGAAAAAUUGCUCCAUUGAACUGCAGGUCCAGCACGAUAGCUUGCUAGGGAAGAACGAAGUUCUGGGUCGGGCGACAAUCGGAAGCGGUCCGGACGCGAGACCAGAGGAGCGAUCCUUUUUCGAAGAGUUGUUCCGCAAUAGGUCGGCUACUGCUCAAUGGAUAUCGCUUUCCGACUGGAAUGCAACCAAACCUUCAUCUAGCAAGUAAGGCGGCUCGCACACCGGAGCAAUAAACAACUAGCAACUAUCAACAUGCAAUAAGCAAUAUUAUCGCCAAUGCAUUUUUCAUUUGAUUUUUGGUGAUCUCGCACACCGACGCAAUACGAUAUCGCUAUCGCCUUUACAGAGCAACACAUAUCGCUAGCAACACGACGUGUCGGUUGAAGAGCAACUUAUCGCUCAUAAUUUGACAUGUUUCGUACAUUAAGUAGAUUUUUUGCAUAAUGUCAGGCGUUAUUAUUGCUCUGGUAUGCGAAGAACAACAAAAUAUGUUUCAUGUUGCAUAUUGCGUAUUGCAGCUUGCUAGUUGCUUGUUGCUCCGGUGUGCGAGCCGCCUAAGGGUUGCCCUCGGGGGUUGACUUAUUUUCCUCCAGCAAGACGAACACCCACUUUUGAAGAAACGUCCAAUGUACCUUGAUGUAGUGCUGAUUGUUUACUUAGUUGAAGUUGUCAGAAUUAACGCUAUGUUGUAUGUUCGAAGCGCUGAUAUAAAUAUUAAUGUACCAAAGGGGGCGUAAAUGUUAAUUCUAUUUAAAUUAAUAAUAGUAUACUGGAGCAUCUAUUUACUGUAGCCUAAAUAUUCUAAACUUAUACACUGAAAAUGCGGUGGGACCUGGUGGGUAUCGCUAUUUUGAACAUUUCCUCGUUCACAAAUCUCUCCAACAAACUUACAACUGUGCGUGACCGCAAAAGUAAUUAUUCUUUACACAAAAUAAAUUGUUGAACUGAUUUAAUUUUCAUGAACAGAGAUUAUAGAACGAGUGAGUGAAAGGAAACUUUUGUGCGGAAUACAAGAAUAUAUCAGAAAUCAAAAUAUACAACAACAUUAUUAUAACACUUGACAUUUACUAAAUGUUAUUACAACAAAAUUAUACCAAGA